AUGGAAACGCAGGGGCUGCCGGCCGCGGAGGCGGCCCGGGCCCGGCCCGCCGCGCAACAUGGCGGCCCCGCCGCGCCGCCGCCGCCCGGCUGGGACCCGCCGCCCGCCGCCGCCGCCCCCUCCUCCGCCGGCAGCAGCCCCGCGCCGGGCCUCUACGUGAGCUUCCCGGUGCUGCUGGUGGAGGAGAAGCCGGAGCCCGGCGCCAGCCCGGCGCCCAGCGCGCCGCCGGCGGCGCCCGCGCCCGACAGCGACGGGCUCCUGCUCGUCUUCAACGUGGUGCGCGGUGCGGCCGAGCCCGGCGCGGGCGGCGGCGAAGCGGGGCAAGCCCAGCCGGGCCCGGCGCCCGCCGAGCCGCCGGAGGAGGCCCCCGGCUCGGCCCCGCUGCCGCCGCCGCCUCCUCCCCCGCCGCCAGCACCGCUGCCCCCCGCGGGCGGCGAUGGCGGCGGGGCGGAGGACGGCGCCUUCUCGGGGACCAUCACCAUCAACAACCAGAGCCUGCUGGUGCGCAUCGAGAACGGCGUCCUGACUCUGGGGCCCGGCGCCGAGCAGCCCGCGGGCGCCGCGCCCCCCGCCGCCGCCAGCCCCGCCGAGCCGCCGGGCGGGCCGCGCCCGCGCUCGCCGCCGGCCUUCCCGUGCCCGGAGCCGCGCUGCGGAGAGGCCUUUCCCCGCAAGCAGCAGCUGCGGCUGCACCGGCUCUCGGCGCACGGCGGCGGCGAGGACGGGCGGGGCGGGGCGGCGCGGCCCUUCGGCUGCCCGGUGCCGGGCUGCGCCUGGUCCUUCGCCACGGCCUACAAGCUGCGGCGGCACCUGCACUCGCACGACAAACUGCGGCCGUUCGCCUGCGCGGCGCCGGGCUGCACCAAGCGCUUCACCACCGUGUACAACCUGCGGGCGCACAGCCGCGCCCACGAGCAGGAGGCGGCGCACAAGUGCGAGGCGUGCGGGCAGCGCUUCCCCAGCGCCGCCCGCCUCGCCGCCCACCGCCGCCGCAGCCACCUGGAGCCCGAGCGGCCCUUCCGCUGCGACUUCCCCGGCUGUGAGCGAACGUUUAUCACAGUGAGUGCAUUAUUUUCCCACAAUCGAGCCCACUUCAGAGAGCAAGAGCAGUUCUCCUGCUCAUUCCCUGGCUGUAAUAAGCAGUAUGACAAGGCCUGCCGACUGAAAAUCCACAUGAGGAGUCACACAGGUGAAAGACCUUUUAUCUGUGACUUUGAAGGCUGUGGCUGGUCUUUUACCAGUAUGUCCAAGCUUCUGAGGCAUAAAAGGAAACACGAAGAUGACAGGAGAUUCAUGUGCCCAGUAGAAGGCUGUGGGAAGUCCUUCACAAGAGCAGAACACUUGAAAGGCCAUAGUAUAACUCACCUUGGUACAAAACCAUUUGAGUGUCCAGUAGAAGGCUGUUGUGCAAAAUUUUCAGCACGAAGUAGUCUGUAUAUUCACUCCAAAAAACAUCUUCAGGAUGUGGACUCAUUAAAGACCCGGUGCCCUGUUUCCAGCUGUAAUAAACUGUUCACUUCCAAACACAGUAUGAAGACGCACAUGGUCAAGCAGCAUAAUUUCAGUCCAGAUCUCCUAACUCAGCUGGAAGCAACCUGCUCCCUCACCCCCAGCAGUGAACUCACUAGUCCAGGGCAGAGUGAUCUCAGCAAUAUCGACCUCGUAUCCCUGUUUUCCAACAUGUCCAGUAACAAUUCUGGAAUUACAGCAGACAUGGCUCUGGUGAACUCUGGAAUCGUCACGAUCGAUGUGGCUUCGGUGGGCUCAACGCUGGGGGGCAGCCUGCCUGUCAGUAACAAUUCCCUAAGCCAGGCAGUUGAUCCCUUGAUCCUGGUGGCGAGCAGUGACAUGCCCCAGAGCCUGGACAGUUCUCUCCUGCUGGGAACCAGUGCAACAGUUCUACAGCAAAGCACUUUAAAUUUGGAUGAUGUACAGACUGUCAAUGCCGAAGCCUUGGGUUCGCUGGCAUCUCUGUCAGUCAGGAAUUCCAGUCAGGAUGUGCAUGGGUUGACGUGCAGCAAUAAUUUAACAAUAGACACAGCCACUUUGACUCCUUCCAGCAGCCUCGGCAGCACCAAUGUGCCUGAGUUACUGACACCAAUUAAAGCUGAACGGAAUUUGCUUCCCAGCUCAGAUGUGGUUGGUCAGCAGGAGGGCAGCAAAGUAGUGACACAGUUUGUGUUCUCCAACCCUCCGGGGAGUUACAGUGCACAGAAGGAAAUGGAUCUUGGCACAGUGACUGGCAGCUCGUUUUUGGAGAGCAGUGGGUCUGCGAGAACAGACUAUAGAGCCAUUCAGCUGGCCAAGAAAAAGAAACAAAAAGGGAAUGGCAGCAGCACAGGGGCAUCUGGUUCUGGUCAGAGGAAAAACAAGGGUGGUAAAGUAAGUCCAACCAACUUUUCUUCGUCUACUCCUGGCAGUCGACUGAGUGGUAACAUAGUUCUGCCAAAUGGAGGGCUGACAAUAAGGGACCCUGCCACUGGAGCCCAGUAUGUGCAAAUUCAGCUUCUUCAGGAUGAUUCCCCAGGAGAGGGAGAUCUUCCUUUUCAGCUGAGCUCUCAGUCUUCCUCAUCACAUUCUCAGCUUACAGUGGAUUUACCUGUUUACAUACUUCAGGAACCACACAAUUCCACUGAAGAUGAUGCAGGUUCUGAUAACUCUCAGUUCACUGGAAGCACAAUAAAUUUACAGGAUCUGGAAUGACGAUUAUUAAGAGGAGUUACUUGAAAACAAAUUGGGCAAUCAUGACAGAGUGAGAUUACUGUGUGGGUCUUUUUCCAAGGAAAAUACAAAAAGUAGGAGAACUGAAGUAUGUUUGCACUCUUUGUGAUUUGCUUAAGACAGUUGCAACUGAAAGAUUUUCUUUAAAAAUGUAAAUCCCACUUGAUGUGCCUGUGUAAGAUACUCUGUCUGCCUGGUGGUUGGGAGGCUGAGGCAGACCGCUGUACAGUGUUGUUUCAGGGAGAAGUACUUUAUUACACUUCAAACUGAGGUAAUAUUUACUGUUUUCACAGGAAAGCAAGUAUUCUACAGCUAACAAAUGCAAAUUUAUAAUCCUGCCUGCGACAGUUAAAACUUUCCUUCCAUUGGUCUCCUCCUGAAGCCAGUGGCAUCAAAAUUAAGAGCUAAAUUUUGCAAGUGUUUGCCACACACAAAGAAAAGGAUUGUUUCGGCCCUUGUGUUUGGCAGAAAACCAGAAUAAAAUGUUACAUGUAACAGAAUUAAUGUUCUAUGCCAUGAAAAUGAGAUGCUCUAAAAUCUUUGUUUUAGGAAGCUAGAUUCUAAAUGUUAACUUAGCUGUGAAUCAGUUUGUAGCUCAUGUUGAGUUUCUCCCUUUCCUUGCUCCUGCAUCCCAAAUACUUUGCUGAAUUCUUCCAGCAAAACUUGAAAAAGAAAACUGCAAUAGAACUGUACUCACUGUAAGUGAUUUGCUAAGAGUCAAACAGCAUCUGAGAGGUUUGUUUUAUCUUUGUGUUCCCUUUUUUGGGAGGAAUGUUGACGGUCAUGUAAAUUUAAGCACCUUGAUUUUUAUCUCAUCUAUAAACCGCUGCCAAGUUACCUGUGAACUGGUCACUACCUUUUUAUUUAGGGUUGUUUGGUGUUUUUGUUUUGUUGAUUGAACACUGUUAACACCAUUCUUUAUUGCUAUCCCAGAGCGUCAGAUGCACCUGGAGCUUCUGGCUGGUUUACAAAAUACGCAGUUGUCAGAGUAUUUUAUGAGGGGAAAAGAGUUGUUGCCCAGGAAAAUUUGCCCCUGAAAAACUGCAGUUUCUCUUGGGGAUGGGGGGAGAGGUUGUAUGUACUCUACUCACCUGGAUUGCAGACACCUAAAUAAGUAUAGGGUUGUAUAGGGAAAAAAAACAUCUUUGGUUGCGUUUUAAGGUAGUAAUUUAAUUGUUUUCUAUGGUGAUGUUCUGAAUGCCUGUAAAAGUAUGUAUAGGAGUUUGAUAAAAGACUGUACUUUUUUUUAUUCUCAGUGAGGUGUGUGUAUGCACGUAUGUGUAUUUUCUUUUUUUUUUACAAAAUAUGUCACAGAGGAGAACAUUGUGAUCUUUUUAAUCUUGCACAUAUUUAUUUAUUUUACAGUUAUACUGAUGUUAAAUUCACAUGAGGUCGUUCAGAAAUGCUUUUACUUCCUGUGCCUUUUGAACUAUGUAUGUGUCCAUAUAAAUGCUUUUUUGAUUGCAGACUUGGGGAGGAAAAAAGCAUACAGGUUACAGUGAACUUCAGCUCCUGAUUUUAGGCAGUAUUAUAUCUCUGGUUGAACCAGCUUUAUUUUUCUAUCUUCAGCCUAACUGAGCAUUGAGGUCUCUCUAUUCCUCUCACUCUGAGUUUACAGCUUACAUCCAGGGAAAGUCUGAACCCGCUCAGGCUGGGUUUUCAAACCAGUUGGUAGCUGAGAUCUACCUGGUGGCUGUGCCUGCAGCAUGGAGUCCACUCCUGAGAGGUGGAAGGAUUGAGGAGGAAUUGUGCUGAAGGGUCUUGCUCUAGUGGUCACCAUGCUCUCCCUGCAAGCUGAGACACCUCGAGCUCCCAAUGCCUGCAUUAUUCUGUUCUCAAGGACCAUACCAGUUUGUAAUCCAUUAAAAUGGCCAAGGAACACUCCAUCUUUUUAUGGGACUUGCAACCAAAUCUUUCUACUUCUGAAAAUGUACCUCACUCAGCUUUGUAAGUGAAUGUAAAGUGCUAACCUCUUGAGGGCGGAAACUUGGAUCACUUGGCUUGGGCUCCAUUGCUGGCAAUGGAUACCUGAAGAACUGGUGCAAAAGGGUUAAUAAAGCUUUUUUUUUAUGGUCA